AUGGCCUCUUGUGAGACAACGAGGUAUAAAGGACAACCUCAACUUUCACUUCGGCCGAAGAUCAAACUGAAAGCAAGUCUCUCAACCCCACAUUACCUGUCGGAAUUCAGUUGCCAUGAGGUUGACUGGCUCAAGCCGGUGCGGUGCAACGCAGGCAUGCACAGGGUGCAGGCCGAGUAUGGCACUUCUGCCAAGACGGCCUCUACCGUGAAGGUGUGGAGUCCUGAGGGUAAAUAUUUGCUCAUGAGUUCAAUUACAUGGAGUACCAUCAUCAUGUCUGACGACUUCAGAAUCUGGACCGAGCCCAAGAGUCAUUCUCUUGAAGGCCACAUCUUCAACGGCACCCUUCUCUUCAACGGCAACGCCAUCUGGGGCCCCCGUAGUUGUCACGACAACACGGUGGACCUCAUCAACGCCCUCAGCGAUGCGGAUCCUCGCUUCACCAUGAGGUUUGAGAGAAGAAACAGCACAAACGAAGGCCACACACGCUUCAUCAGCCUCCGCGUUGACGGCAAAGUCGUGCUGAACAAACUGAAUACCCAUGACAGCAUGGACGGGUUUGUCAUCGCUGUAAACACCGCUCGAGCUGUUGCCGGUCCCCCUUGA